AUUGCACGAACACUCUUCAAGUCAGUUUACCUUCAUCAAGCAAACGAGGAAUGUCGAAGUUUACGUUGUUGAUGUUUAUCGCCGCUUCGGCUCUGGCGUUAGCAGCAAACGCGUCGCCCGGGGACAAAAGUAAAAAAUAUUGUAGUGAAACGCACGUCGGGAAAAGCGGACGCAUAAAGAGGAUCAUCGGUGGAAUAAUAGCCGACGACAAAGAAUUUUCUCACGCAGUUGCUUUAAGCUACGAAGUUAAAGGAAAUUAUAAAUUCUUAUGCGCUGGAAGCUUAAUUAGCGAUAAAUAUGUUCUGACUGCAGCUACUUGCAUCAACACAAAAAUACCUGUAUCUGUGAGAUUGGGUGAUCUAAACUUGGAAUCGGAUUCAGACGAUGCGAAUGCUGUUGAUGUGAAGAUUGCCAGAGUCUUGAAGCAUCCAGAUUAUGAUGGAAGUAAAGUUCAGAACGACAUCGGUCUCAUCGAGCUCGAAUCCAAGAUCGAGUUCAACGAUAAUAUCAGACCCGCAUGUUUGAACACGGAAAAAAGUUCAACAGAUGCGGACAGUUUUAUUGCAAUUGGAUGGGGACAAACUGAAAUUGGCGCGGUAUCACCUAGUCUUAUGAAGGUCACAUUAAACGAGAUUGCCAGUGCAGAGUGCAUCAAGACUUACAAAUCUAGAAAUAUUACAAUCAACGGCGAAUCGCAGAUCUGCACAAAUUCCAAGACUAAGGACACUUGCAGGGGUGAUUCCGGCGGAGCUCUGCAGAAACUCAAUCCCGAUUUCAGUUCCGCUUACGAUAUCUAUGGAAUCACUUCAUUUGGAUCAAGGAACUGCGCGAGCGGUUUUCCAUCCGUCUUCACCAGAGUCUCUUACUACAUCGACUGGAUCGAAUCUAUUGUUUUCGCAAGCGAUGCUAAGAAAUGGAAAUUCCUGCAAAUAAAUCGUAUCGCAUUAAAAAUGAUGAAUAUUUGUAAACAAGCUAAUGAAUAUAAUCACAAGUUUACGCAGUAUCUAAAAGCGAAUUGCACAAACACUCUUCAAGUCAGUUUACCUUCAUCAAGCAAACGAGGAAUGUCGAAGUUUACGUUGUUGAUUUUUAUCGCCGUUUCGGUUCUGGCGUCAACAGCAAACGCGUCGGCCGGGGACAAAAGCAAAAAAUAUUGUAGUGAAACGCACGUCGGGAAAAGCGGACGCAUAAAGAGGAUCAUCGGUGGAACAAUAGCCGAAGACGAAGAAUUUUCUCACGCAGUUGCUUUAAGCUACGACGUUAAUGGAAAUAAGAAAUUCUUAUGCGCUGGAAGCUUAAUUAGCGAUAAAUAUGUUCUGACUGCAGCUACAUGCAUCAACACAAAAAUACCUGUAUCUGUGAGAUUGGGUGAUCUAAACUUGGAAUCGGAUUCAGACGAUGCGAACGCUGUUGAUGUGAAGAUUGCCAGAGUCUUGAAGCAUCCAGAUUACGAUGGAAGUAAAGUUCAGAACGACAUCGGUCUCAUCGAGCUCGAAUCCAAGAUCGAGUUCAACGAUAACAUCAGACCCGCAUGUUUGAACACGGAAAAAAGUUCAACAGAUGCGGACAGUUUUAUUGCAAUUGGAUGGGGACAAACUGAAAUUGGCGCAGUAUCACCUAGUCUUAUGAAGGUUACAUUAAACGAGAUUGCCAGUGCAGAGUGCAUCAAGACUUACAAAUAUAGAAAUAUUACAAUCAACGGCGAAUCGCAGAUCUGUACAAAUUCCAAGACUAAGGACACUUGCAGGGGUGAUUCCGGCGGAGCUCUGCAGAAACUCAAUCCCGAUUUCAGUUCCGCUUACGAUAUCUAUGGAAUCACUUCGUUUGGAUCAAGGAACUGCGCGAGCGGUUUUCCAUCCGUCUUCACCAGAGUCUCUUAUUACAUCGACUGGAUCGAAUCUAUUGUUUUCGUUAAUUGAACCAACACAAACGAUAUUAUAAAAUAAAUAAAUA